CUUCCGAGAUUCUAGAGGCCAUUUCGUUCUCCUAUUAUGACCGCAACAAAACAUGUUUAUGGAGAGUCACUCAGAUUAUUGGCCAAGGCAAAAGCUUCUAGGACUCCUGUUAUCCAACGACAUGAAAUGUGUACUUGGAAAAAUAAUGAAUCCGUUCAGAUAGGUUCGACAGCAAGAAGCACCUCGUACUUAACGAUAAACGAUAUUCCUGGACCAAGACCUUCAAUACCUUUUAUUGGUACUGGUUGGCAAUAUUUUCCGGGAGGUCGGUACAGUUUGGCUAGCCUUCAUGAAUCUGCUAUAGAUAAAUAUCAACGUUAUGGUCAAAUCGUGAAAGAAGAAUUCCAGUGGGGAAAACCUGUCAUUCAUUUAUUUAAUCCGGACGACUUUGAAACUGUGUUCCGCUUCCAAGGAAAUGCACCCCUCCGUCCAAUAUCUGAUUUUGUCAAGCACUAUAGACAGAACAAUCCUGAUAAAUACAGCACUCCCGGCCUUGCUAAUAGCGUAGGUGAUGAAUGGAAAGCCCUAAGAAACACAUUAAAUCCUGCCCUAUUGAAACUGCACGCUCUUGAUGGAUUGAUUGGACCAAUGAAUGAAAUUGGUGACGAUUUUAUGUCUUUGCUGCGGAAAAUAAGAGAUCCAAAUACACAUAAAAUAAACAACUUUCAAGAUAGUGUAUACAAACUUGCACUAGAAGGUGUUUAUAUGAUGAGUUUGGAUUGUCGGCUAGGUUGCUUAGAGCCUGAACUUCAAAGAGAUAGCCAAACGAUGAUUUUUGCAGUGAAGUUGCUAUUUGAAGCAUUUCAGGAGCUAUUUUACGGCCCCGCCUUGUGGAAGAUUAUUAAAACACGUUCUUACAAAAAACUCGAUCAAGCUGAAAGUCUUAUGUAUGAAGCAGCCAAUAAACGCGUGAAGGCAGCUAUAAACAAUAUGAGGUCAUGCAAUGAAGAUAAGACUGGAACAAAAAGCGUGUUGCAGACUCUAUUGCAAACUGAAGGUUUGACAGAUAAAGAAAUUAUUGUGACUGUCAUAGAUUUUAUCUCAGGAGGCAUAUUCACGAUAACAAAUGCUUUUACUUUCCUGAUCUACCAUAUGGCCAGAAAUCCUGACGUUCAGUCAAAAUUGUAUGAAGAGUUGAGGCAUAAAAUACCAGACGGAAAAAUAACUAAAGAAGCAUUAGAAAGACUUCCAUAUCUUAAGGCUUGUAUCAAAGAAUCGUUUAGACUAACUUCUACCAUUCCAUGCAUAUCAAGAAUACUUCCUGAGCCAGUCAUUCUUUCAGGCUAUUAUAUUCCAGCAGGGACUCCCCUUUUCUGCAAUUUUAUUGUCCCUUGCAAACAGGCAGAGAGAUAUCCUGAGCCAGAAAGAUUUAAUCCUGACCGGUGGAUCAAAAAGACAUCUCGGACAAAUCCUUUCACUCUCGUCCCUUUUGGACAUGGUAUGCGAAUGUGCGUUGGUCGGCGGUUUGCGGAGUUGGAAAUGCACGCCGCUCUCGCCAAAAUGGUAUAUAAUUUCAAGAUGGAAUACAAAGGACCAGAAAUUAAAUGUAAACAGGCUUUCAUAGUGGUUCCCUCUGAACCAGUGUCCGUAAUUAUUAAAGACCGAUAAUUUUGUAAAGUCUAAUAUAAGGGUUGGACAAAUAUGUGGAAACACUGCAAUACUAACUCUAUGAAAACAAAAUUUUUUAGUUGCGUUUUGAAACAUUUUACACAACAAAAAUGCUCUUUUUUAAAACGUUUAGAAAUGGUUUUGCUUUUACCCAUGAAAAAUAGUUAUCGAUCAAAAAGAUUAAAGCGUCUUUAUUUUUUUUUUUAAAUUUCAGCCGUCUUCAAAAUAUUUUUAAGCAUGAUAUACAAAGUUUUUUGAAAGAAUAUUUGUAGAUUUAUUGUGAUACCGAGAAAUCUAAAAGGUUGAUUACCUAUCUUAGAUGAGCUUAACCCCUUGGGGACGGGUGAUUCAGAAAAGCAUUCGUACAAAAUCAGAAUCAAGUUGCAAUUAAAUAAAAAACGGUAAAUUAAAUGCAGU